GGGGUUUGGCGGCCGAGGGCGCGAGAGCCUUCUCGGCUCAGCGUCCCCGCGCGACCAGCCGCCGGGUGCCAUGGCCGCCGUAGUGCGGGGGAAGGCCGAGACGCUAGCCCUGAGGCGGCGGCUGCUAAGUGAUUCUUGCAGACUCUUUUACCCGGAGGAUCCUAUUAAGAUUGUCCGGGGCCAAGGACAGUACUUGUAUGACGAAGAGGGAGCAGAAUACCUCGAUUGUAUCAACAAUGUGGCUCAUGUCGGACACUGCCACCCUCUCGUGGUCCGGGCCGCGCACGGACAGAACCAGAUGCUCAACACCAACAGCCGCUACCUGCACGACAACAUCGUGGACUACGCGCAGAGGCUGUCAGAGACCCUGCCAGAGAAGCUCUGUGUGUUUUAUUUCCUGAAUUCUGGGUCAGAAGCCAAUGACCUGGCCCUGAGGCUGGCCCGCCAGUACACGGGACACUGGGACGUGGUGGUGUUAGACCAUGCUUAUCAUGGUCACCUGAGCUCCCUGAUCGACAUCAGCCCGUACAAGUUCCGAGACCUGGAUGGCCAGAAGGAGUGGGUCCAUGUGGCACCUCUCCCAGACACCUACCGGGGUCUUUACCGGGAGGACCACCCCAAUCCAGCAGGGGCCUACGCCAGCGAGGUGCAGCACGUGGUGAACAGCGUGCAGGAGAAGGGCAGGAAGAUCGCAGCCUUUUUUGUGGAGUCUCUGCCCAGUGUUGCAGGGCAGAUCAUUCCCCCGGCCGGCUACUUCCCCAAAGUGGCAGAGCACAUCCACAGGGCCGGAGGGCUCUUUGUCGCAGACGAGAUUCAAGUGGGCUUUGGCCGAGUAGGCAAGCACUUCUGGGCCUUCCAGCUGCAGGGAGAAGACUUUGUCCCCGACAUUGUCACCAUGGGCAAGUCGAUUGGCAAUGGUCAUCCGGUAGCCUGUGUGGCCACAACCCAAGCUGUGGCAAGGGCCUUUGAAGCCACCGGCGUCGAGUAUUUCAACACGUUUGGGGGCAGCCCGGUGUCCUGCGCCGUGGGCCUGGCCGUCCUGGACGUUCUAGAGAAGGAGCAGCUGCGGGCUCAUGCUGCCUCUGUGGGCAGUGUCCUCAUGGAGCUCCUCCAACAGCAGAAAGCCAAGCAUCCCAUCAUCGGGGACGUCAGGGGCAUCGGGCUCUUUAUCGGUGUGGACCUGAUCAAAGACACAGCGACCAGGACACCAGCAACUGAGGAGGCGAACUACGUGGUGUCCAGGCUGAAAGAGAACUACAUUUUGCUGAGCACAGACGGCCCUGGGCGGAAUGUCCUGAAAUUUAAACCCCCAAUGUGCUUCAGUGUGGACAACGCGCGACACGUGGCAGCAAAGAUGGAUACUAUCCUGACAGACAUGGAAAAAAAGGUGAUUAGUUGUGAGACACUGAGGCUCCAUCCCUGAACCAGCCCUGGCACUUGUGUCCUCCUUCCUUGG